GCACCCACCUGUGCCCAGCAGUGCACCCACCUGUGCCACUCUGCAGUGCCACCUACAUGUGCCCAGCAGUGCCACCCACCUGUGCCCACCCACCUGUGCCCACCAGUGCCACCCACCUGUGCCCACCCACCAGUGCUGCCCACCAAUGCCACCCACCAGUGCAGCCCAGCAGUGCUGCCAGUCAGUGCCACCAGUCAGUGCCCAGGGGUUGUAUCAGUCAGUGCCGCCAGUCAGUGCCCAGCAGUGAUGAUGCCAGUCAGUGCCGUCUAUCAGUACCCAUCAUCAGUGUCACCUAUCAGUGCCGCCUAUCAGUGCUGCCUAUCCGUGACACCUCAUUAGUACUGCCUAUCAGUGCCCUUUAG